AUGGAGAGGUCUCAAACUAGUUGUGCAAUUUGUGGAAGGAGCUCCACUUAUAAGUGCAGCGCUUGUAAAAAUGUUUAUUACUGCAGUAAGCAGCAUCAAAAGAAGGACUGGAAGAAGCAUGCAGAAGAUUGUAAAAUAUUUAAGUUAGCAGAGAAUUCCAUGUUAGGCCGUCAUUACGUAGCCGCAAGAAAUAUCAAAGUAGGAGAAAUUGUUCUCAAGGAUGAAUUGCCUCUAAUCGCAGGCCCCAUGGUGAAUUGUGUUCCACUGUGCCUCGGAUGUUAUACAGUGUUAGAUAAAAGCAUUGCAGUACCAUGUGUAAAAUGUGGUUGGCCUCUUUGUCAGAAUUGUAAAGUGCAUGGAUUAGAGUGUGAUUUUACUUGCUCCCGCAGAGAUUCUAAGGUGUCUAUAACUGAAUUUGGCUAUCCACAUCCAAGUUAUCAGUGUAUAAAUGUCAUAAGAGCACUAUCACAAAAGUACAGUGACCCGGAAUCUUAUAAAAAAUUGCUAUCCUUCGAAAGUCAUUGCGAUAAAAUAAAGAAUAAAAGAAACUUCAUAUUUGAAGAGGCAUUGAACAUUAUUCGUUUCAUUAAAAGGUUUUUUAAAACAGAUGAUAUAGAGGAGGAGGAAAUUAUAAAAAUCAUCGGCAUUUUGCAGGUUAAUGGUCACGAAGUUCCUCUCACAGAUCCGCCAUACGUAGCAGUUUACGAAUUGGCAUCUUUACUAGAACACAACUGUAGAGCAAAUUGUUCCAAAAGUUUCACCGAUCAAGGAGGAUUGAUUAUUCAUGCGGCAACACCUAUUGCAAAAGGUGACCAUAUUUCUAUAUGUUAUACGGAUGCACUAUGGGGUGUUGUAAACAGAAGGCAUCACCUCCUUGAAACAAAAUUUUUCGAAUGUACUUGUAGGCGAUGUGAUGAUCCUACAGAAUUCGGUACUAUGUUUAACGCUAUAAAAUGUAAUCAAACACAUUGUUUGGAUUUUAUGCUACCGGAAACGUUCCUCGAUCAAGAACAAAGAGAUUAUAAAUGCAGAACUUGUAAAUCAACUGUUUCUUACGAAGAAGUUGAAAAAAUGCUAGAAAAGAUAGGCAUACAUCUUUUAAGUAUGAAGAAAAACGAUCUAAUGGCGAGUAAAGAAUUUCUUCAUAGUUACGUAGAUACUCUCCACCCUUUUCAUUUUUAUAAUAUUGACGUAAUCAUUGCUGUAUGUCAAUUAAUUGGCCAACAAGAUGGAGGACUGCCAGGAGUAAAAAAAAAUCUCCUUAUAGAGAAAGUAGAAAUAUGCAGAAAACUUGUUCCUUUACUCAAGCAUCUUGUUCCAGCCGAAAACCGAAUUCGAGGUAUGAUUCUCUUUGAAUUAUAUGCAGCACUCGCAGAAUUGAGUAAAAGAUACGCAGAAAUGGAUAUUGUGGUGACAUUAUUGGAAGAAUCAAAGAUGCAUUUAAUCGACAGUUGCCUAUUAUUACAGCAUGAAUCAAAACUCCUUCCGGAAGGGCAAAUAGCUUACUAUGGUCAGAAAAGCUUACAUGAUGUGAACAGCCUUCUGGAACGAUUUAAUAGGGAAUCAAGAAUGCAUUUGAAGCUUAGAAAAGUUAAAUUUUAUGACUUUACGAAAUGAAAAAUGAGAACGUGCUAAUUAAAGAGUUACUUAAAUACAUGUAUAGAAGUACAGUAAUGUCUCUCUUAUUGACCACCAACACGGAACUUAAACAGGACAAUUUAGGAAUCAGGGACACUGUUUUCGAGCCUUACGCUCGCCCUUGUAGUUUG